AUGAUGAACUUAGCUGUAGAAUUCAUGAUCAAAAUUCAUAUUAUGAUGGCGAAGGUAAAGAUGCAUAUUCAAUACAACGGAAACUUGCGUCAAUUACAAAAGAAUAAACAAUCAAUCUACUACACAAUUGACGCGGAAUUAUUGUUGUUCUUGACAUGUCUUGCUACUAAUAAUAUAUAUGCUUAUAUGACAGAUAAAGUUGAGAUUUGGGAAAAAAAGGCAUAG